AUGUCACCUACUACUUCAUCAACCACUCGUUCUGCAGACGACUCGGUCCCCGAUCAACCUUCAACCAAACGCCAAAAGACAGCUGAAUCGGCCUCGAGCAAGUUUCAUGACGGUUUGUUGGAAGACUCCUCGCGUGAGGAGAUUCGCAAGGCCUUUAUGGAAUCGAAACCUUACCUGCAUUGCAAGAUUGACAAACUCAUGAAUGAUGACCUGUUGCGACGUGUUCGUAAAGAAAUCUUUGAGAAUUUGCAUUUUACUGUCAAGGAAACCGAUAUCUACAAGGUACACCAAACGGGUGAUCUUGCCAACUUGGAUGGUCUUCCCAAAGACGAACUUGAACGAUUAUCGAGUCUUUUCGAACUGCGUAACGCAAUCUAUUCACCCGAAUUCCGCGACUUUAUAUCGUCCGUCACCGAUUCCGGCCCGUUGUCUGGCACCAAGACGGACAUGAGCAUUAACAGCUAUAACGAAGGCUGUCACCUUUUGAACCACGAUGAUGUCAUUGGGACUCGACGUGUGUCGUAUAUUUUGUACUUGACGGACCCAGAGGAUCGAUGGAAUCCCGAAAACGGUGGUGCGCUUGAAUUAUAUCCUGUUGUCGAAAAGGGCACCCCUGCCAAUGAGCCCACUGUUAUUAUCCCACCCCAGUGGAACCAGUUCGUCAUGUUCACUGUCCAACCUGGUCACUCAUUCCACUCUGUUGAAGAAGUUGUCCCUGAAGGCAAGCCUCGAUUGAGUAUUUCGGGAUGGUUCCAUAUUCCACAGCCCGGUGAGCCUGGAUAUCAGGAGGGAAGAGAGGCCGGUGAAUCCAAGUCUUCGUUGGAACAAUUGCAAGAGGUAAAAAGAAUAUGCAAGAUUGCCAAGUUCGCACACUAUUCCUCAGAAGAAGUCGAGGAUGACGCCUUGACUCAGGAAACGAUCGAGUCACUGUCAAGCUGGAUGAACCCUCACUAUCUCGAUAUCAAGAUCCUCAAGCAGAUGGCCGAUCGCUUUUAUGAUGAAUCAGCAGUCCAGUGCAAGGAAAUUCUGAGCAAGGAGCUCUUCGCCAAAAUCCAAGCAGUAACGGCCAAAAUGGACCAUGACCAAUUCAAGGAAGACAAAAUCGCAGCACAUGGAACGGGUGUUGGUGAAGGCUGGGCCACUUAUGGUCCACCACAUCGAUUGCGCUACAUGACACUUGCUGAGGAUCAGUCAGAGGCAGGUGAAGCCGCCAAAUUGUUUGCGAAUCUGAAAGCCAAGUUUGAGAGUGACGCCUUCCGCCAAUGGCUUGCAGUGGUCGCACAGCUGAAGCCUCAAGGUUACCGUGGACAAGCACGACGAUUCCGUCCAGGCCACGAUUAUACGCUUGCAACAACCAACACUCGUGGCCAGGCUGUGUUGGAUGUCACUUUCUGUUUGGCUACUACACCCAGUGUAAAGGCUAGCGAAUUAUGGGAGAGCGGCGAGUGCGGUGGCUACGAAUGCUAUAUGGCGCCCCACGACGAAGAGGAGGAUCCAGCAACAUACAAGGCUGCUGAUGAAGAAGGUGCUUUGUUGACCAUGACUCCUGGCUGUAACGAGCUGUCUUUGGUUUUGAGAGACGAAGGUGUGAUGCGGUUCGUGAAAUACGUGAGUGCACGAGCGCCCGGAUCACGCUGGGACGUUGCAUUUGAGUAUGAUUUGCCAGAGGAAGAAGAGGAAGAAGAAAACGAUUCAUAG